CUCUGCCAACAGCACAGAGCCCCACGUGGGGCUCGAUCCCACAAACCGUGACAUCAGGACCUGAGCCGAGAUCAAGAGCCAGAUGCUUAACUAACUGAGCCCCCCAGGCCAGAGUUUCUAAAUGCCUUUUCCAUGGGCAUUGCAUUUGCAGGCGUGAUUUUUUUUUUUUUCACAGAGCGGAAGAUUUAAUAUUGUUAAGAUAACAAUUCUCCCCCAAAUUGGCAUACGGAUUCAGUGCAAUCCCCAUCAAAAUCCCAGCAGUUUUUGGUAGAGAUUGAUCAGCGGAUUCUAAAAUUGACACAGAAGUAUGAAGGACCUAUCGUGGCCAAAACAAUUCUUAAAAAAAGGACAAAGGGUGGGAGGGAUACCUGAUUUCGAGACUUAUCAUAAAGCUGCAGUUAUGAAGUCCGUGUGGUCUUAGCACAAGGGUAGACCUGUCGUUCAAUUAGCAGAAUUUGGAGUCCAGAAUCAGACUCCCGCUUAAACAGCAGGUUGAUUUUUGACCAGAGUGCCAAGGUAAUUCAGUGUGGGAGCAGACAUUUCCGGACCAGCGCUGGAAAAACUAACUAUCCCUACGCAAAACAAUGAGCCGCAGUCUUCCCUCAUAGCACACACAAAAAUUAACCGAGAAUGUAGCCUAGACCUAAGUGCUAAAGGCACCAGUUUUGCUUAAAGCCGGGCAUGAUUUUAUCCGAUGAAGAGUUUUCUGCUACCUGUUCCUCUGUGAUCUCUGGGCAGAGCAAGCGACCGACGCAGAAAGCUCACCACGCCCUGCCACCGGGGCACUGCAGGGGGUCCUGGCAAGUGCAUGUGUGGACAUGCUAAGAGAGCAAAGGUGUAGGAAUCCAGAUUCGUGGUGGCUUGUGCUGCCUGAACUGAGCAGAAAGCUUGGGGACGGUGACUUCACCCUAUGCUCCUGAGAAGCCAACCCCAGGCAGCCCGAUCUUCAGUCCAGCCUCCGGUGCAGAGGGGCAGUGACCCUGGCAGGGAGGGAUGGCCUCGGGAAGAGAGGAGAGGUCUAAGACUUGGGGGCAGAUCUCCCUAGGUGGAAAUCGUGUCUCCCAGGCUUUGGGAAGGUGGCCUUUCCUCUCUCGGGACCCGUGAACACUCAGGUACUUUAAUAUGAAAAGUCAAAGGCGUGUGACCUUAAUUUGUACCCACAGAUGGUGAGGCAGGACGUGUCAAUUACACUUUCUACCAACUGUAAUCUGUAUCCACACAUGGCUUACAGUUUGCAAAGGGCAUUUUUCUGGUCAGUGACCGUAUCUGAUCUUGGCUUUGUGGGCCGUUUAGGGAUCAUUUACUCACUCGUUCAGAAUAUAUAUAUUUAUCUAUCUACACCUAUCUACCUAUAUAUCGAGCCCCCGCUUUGUGCUAGCGUCCGUGCUGGCCACGAAAGACGCAACAAUGAGUCACAGCAGACUUGGUCCCUGCCCUCUGGGAGCUGACAUUGUUUUUCAUGGCAUCAAUGUGUAAUCAGUGCCUUCGAGAAAGACCUUGGGUUGUUUUUCAUCGUUUGCAAUCGAGAACCAACCUGUGACCUGUACAAAUGGCACUUAUCUACGGAUAAAUUCACAGACUGGGAUGGCGUGGCGAAGGGGUUUUCGGUGGAUGUCAUUCAGUUGCCCUCCACCACUGGACUGGUAUCAUCUGGAAUGCCUCCCGGCCGUGUGCGAGAUGCCUGUUUGCUCCCAGCCUGGCCAGAAGAACGUGUGGUCGAAGUUUUGGAUUUUUGCCAAUCUGACAGAUGGAUUUGUGGACGCGGAGAGCUUGUGGAAGGGCCGUGUUCCUGUUGGCAGAGAAGACCAGCCAGUUCCCGCUGGAGGCUCCUGGGGUCAUCUGGGGAGAACAUGUCCAGGCCCCCUGACUGCCUGCUGCGGCUGCUCCGGGGAGCCCCGAGGCAGCGGGUCUGCACCCUGUUUAUCAUCAGCUUCAAGUUCACGUUUUUCGUCUCCGUCAUGAUCUACUGGCACAUCGCGGGAGAGCCCGGCGGCCAGAGGGAGUUCUCUAACCUGCCUGCCGACGUCCCCUGCCCCCGGCUGGUGCCCCCUACGCCGAUCUCCAGCACCCCGCCUCCGGGCAACAUCUUCUUCCUGGAGACCUCAGACCGGACCAACCCCAACUUCCUUUUCAUGUGCUCCGUGGAGUCGGCGGCCAGGGCUCACCCCGAGUCCCGGGUGGUGGUCCUGAUGAAGGGGCUGCCCGGCGGGAACGCCUCCCUGCCCCGGCACCUGGGGCUCUCGCUUCUGGGCUGCUUCCCCAACGUCCACGUGCUCCCGCUGGACCUGGAAGAGCUGUUCCGGGACACGCCACUGGCGGCCUGGUACGCGGCCAGGCGACGCCGGUGGGAGCCUUACCUGCUGCCCGUGCUCUCCGACGCCUCCAGGAUCGCGCUCAUGUGGAAGUUCGGGGGCAUCUACCUGGACACGGACUUCAUCGUCCUCAAGAGCCUGCGGAAUCUGACCAACACGCUGGGCACUCAGUCCCGCUACGUCCUCAACGGGGCCUUCCUGGCCUUCGAGCGCCACCACGAGUUCAUGGCGCUGUGCAUGCGAGACUUCGUGGCCCACUACAACGGCUGGAUCUGGGGCCACCAGGGCCCGCAGCUGCUCACGCGGGUCUUCAAGAAGUGGUGCUCCGUCCGCAGCCUGGGUGACAGCCACGCCUGCCGCGGGGUCACCGCCCUGCCCUGUGAGGCCUUCUACCCCAUCCCCUGGCAGAACUGGAAGAAGUACUUCGAGGACAUCAGCCCCCAGGAGCUGCGCCGGCUGCUCAACGCCACCUAUGCCGUCCACGUGUGGAACAGGAAGAGCCAGGGCACCCGCUUCAAGGCCACGUCCAGGGCACUGCUGGCCCAGCUCCAUGCCCGCUACUGCCCCACGACACACGAGGCCAUGAAGAUGUACUUGUGAGGGCCCUGCCGGGCCCCCCCACCCCCACCCCGCGCCCCACCCGGGCGUCCUGAUGGAGAGGGGCACCCGGUCACCUUUCCCCGGGGGAGGCGAGACGGGGCGGGAGGCGGGGGGGUGGUGCGGCCUGGGAGAGGGAGGCCCGAGUUGCUGCAGGCCAGGAUUUGGGGCAGGCUGGGGGGAGGGCGGGGAACUGUUGGCCCAGGAGGUGUCCUUGGAGGCCUUGCUGUAGGCCCCUGGAUACACUCCCUUCAGUGUGAGGCUGGUGGGACACCCCCAGGCCGGUGUGCUAUCUCAGGGUGGAGGCAGCCGGUCCCGGGGGGCGGGGAGGGGGGAGCGGCAGCCAGGAUGAGCCGGAGUGAGCCGGGUGAACAUCCGGGUCAUCUGGACGGCACACCAGAGCCGUCGUGAACACCGAAGCGUCUUCCAGGGCAUCACAGGGAAGCCAGGCUGGUGGGGGGCUGAGGUGCCCACCACGGGGGCAUGGAAAAACCCAAGAAAAGGGGAUAGGAAGGAGAGGGGAGUUCCUGAGGAGCAGGGGGAGGCAGUCUGUAGGAGAGCCGGGGGUGCAAACCCAGCCUCGUGAACCCAGGUAGGUGCCUGGCUCUUUUCUGCCUUUGGUUUCUUUCUCAGCAGCACUGAGACAUGCAGAGCUGGCCUGGGGAGCCCUCUGGGGGAGGCCUGCCUGCCCACCCCAUUCUUUCUUCUUUCCAGAGUUGUUGCAAGGGUGAGAUGUGCCAGCUGGCCACCCCAGGGCAUGGGGGCGUGGAGUUCUUUUGGCCCAGGAAAAGCAUUUUAAGGAAAACACCCCCCCCCACCCACGAUCGACACAUGAUAAUAAUAAAUAUAAUAAAAGUGACGCCCUGACACCAA